AUGACAGAGACUGGCGAGUUGGACAAGAAGAUCUUCAAGAAGAGCGAGGAUAACAAGAGGGGCAUCCCAGAAGCGAUCUUCAUCGAGAAUGUGGAGGAGCUGUGCAAAGAGCGUGAGCCCACGGAGGUGGUCGGAAGGCUGCAGGACCUGCACAGCAAGUAUCAAUACAUGCAAAGCUCCCUCACGGCGCAGCGAUCCUCACUGAAGACGAAGCUGCCCGACAUCGUGUCGGCGUUGGAGGUCGUCCAACACCUCGUGUCAAAGAGCAGCGAGGCCGGCGAGAAUGAGACCACCGACUACACCUAUCAACUAGCUGAGAAUAUCUGGUCCAAGGCGUCAGCACCUCCGAGCAAGACAGUGUGCCUGUGGCUGGGUGCAAACUGCAUGCUGGAGUACACUUUGGACGAGGCUUUGGAUCUGCUGAAGACGAAUGAGAGCAAUGCCAGGACCACUCUGUCGUCUCUGGAGGAGGACAUGGCCUUUCUCCGAGAUCAGAUUACAACAACAGAGGUCAACAUUGCACGUACACACAACUAUGGCGUCAAACUGCGGCAAGCCGCCAAAGCCAAGGAGACGGCGAAGUCCUGA